AUGUCGUCUUCUGGAUCCACCUCCUCCACUAGCUUUCGUUCUGAAUUGUUUGCUCCCGUUGACAUGAGCAAGCUUCCAUCUUCCCCUCCAUUCACGGCCUAUAUUGGAAAUCUUCCGUUUGAUAUCCAAAAAGAUGAUAUUGUAAAGUCGUUUCCUGCCUCAUCUAUUGUAACCAUUAAGCUGGUCCGUGAUAAAGUCGAUGAUAAGCCAAAGGGCCAUGGGUAUGUAGAGUUUGAGGACAUUGAGUCUUUGAAGAGAGCCUUGGAUCUGAAUGGAAAGCUCGAAAUUGGAUCCCACAUUUCCGAGUCUUCUGGAAAGGGAUCCUUUGUCGGCAACUUUUCUAGAAAUCAAAAUUCGUCUUCAGAAAUUUCUCGUCGCACUGAACCAUUGGAAGAAUCGUUUCAUUCUUCGUCCUCUUCGUUCCAAGGAAGCAAGUAA